AUUGGUGAAUCGGACUUGGUGUCGAAAUACAGUUUCGUUUCUCUGGAAGAAACCAUUCAACUCACCACCAUCUGAUUCACAAAAUAAUUACAAGAUUAUUCCAAUUUUAGCAUCAUUUAUUGAUGAUGAUAAAAUGAAACAAUUCAAGAUUAAAGAAAAAGACCUUCCGGUACCAAAGCAAACAACUUUUGAUUAUCCUUCUUUUAUAAGACAUUUGGAUUUUGUUAAUUUAUGGAAACAAGUUUUUAGAUGUUAUCCUCGUACUUCGGAUAAUUAUAUUACAAAUAAUGAAUUAUAUCCUCUUCAAGAUGAUUUUAAAUCAGUACAACGAAAAAGAAAUUCUUCUCUAAGUCUUCAAGAUGAAUAUAAUUCAUCUCAACAAAAAAAAGCAGAAGUUGUAAAAGCUCUUUAUGAAGUAAUUUUACAAAGAAGUAGAUUGGAAAGGUUAACAUUAUCAAUGAAAGAUUGGCACUAUCCAAUUUAUAAUGAAUUUAUCUUUGAUGCUUUAACGUCAACACCUAAUGCUCGUAACGCUUUAGCAAGAUUAUCAAGAUUUGAUUGUAAUUUAGCAGCAACAAAUAUUUCAGCUUUACAUGACCUUGCUUUUAUUUCAAAAAAGAUUAAAACUUUAUCUAUACAAAUAUUUAGACAUGUAUUUCGUGAUGGUCACUUAACAGAAUUAUCAAACCUUAUUGAAUCACAAGAUUCUUUAGAACAAAUUAAUAUUUUUAAAGAUCAUAAAUGUAAUAACAUUACGAUCGAUCUAUCAUCCCUCGUCUCACAAGCAAAAUCCCUUAAAAAAUUAAAAUUACAUUAUGUUAUUAUUAAUGAUAAACAACUUGAAUAUAUUACAAAACUUCAUAAUCUUCAAGAAUUAAUGUUUACAUGUGUUAGAUUAGAUGGUAAGAUGACAUUAUUAUCAAAUGUUAUCUUUACAAAAUUAAAAGUACUUAGAAUAUAUAGUACUUUUAUUAAUCAUAAUAGGGAAAAUAGUAAAUUACAACAAGAUAAUGAUC